GAUCGAUUGUUUUCCAUGGCUUCCCUUUAAAAGCCAACCAUACAAAGCUCCUGUAUAAUUUCACUCCCUCAUGCAGAAAGCACAAACCCCUCAUUUAUAGAUUACACAAUCUUCUUCUUUUUUCAUUCAGGAUUUUCCGCGUGAGAAAAGAAGGGUUCUCUAUUUCAUUUGCUCAGGAGCUGAAUUUCGGGGGUUCAGCUCUCUCUGUUGAGGUUAAUAGCAAUGGCGGUGGAAGAACAAAAGGAGGCGCUGUUGCAGAAGCAUUACUAUGAGAAUUGCCCCGGCUGCAAAGUCGAGAAGCUUAAGGAAUCGCGGAGAGGCUUUCCGAUCCGCGAGCUUGUGUCGAUCUGGAUCGUUGUGCUUUGCAGCGCGCUGCCAAUAGCAUCUCUAUUCCCAUUCCUUUACUUCAUGAUUAGAGAUUUCCAUAUCGCCACAAGAGAGGAAGACAUCGGAUAUUAUGCCGGUUGUGUAGGUUGUUCAUUCCUGUUCGGUAGAGGCUUGACGUCGAUUUUCUGGGGAAUUGUGGCGGAUCGCUAUGGGCGAAAACCAGUCAUAAUUAUGGGAACAAUUGUUGUGGUUAUCUUCAACACUCUCUUCGGCCUAAGUGUGAACUUUUGGAUGGCCAUUGCUACGAGGUUUCUUCUAGGAAGUUUAAAUGGUUUACUUGUUCCGAUCAAGGCUUAUGCAAGUGAAAUCUUCCGUGAGGAGUACCAAGCACUAGGAGUAUCAACCGUUAGUACAGCAUGGGGGAUAGGAUUGAUUAUCGGUCCAGCUUUGGGAGGUUAUCUUGCCCAGCCAGCCGAAAAGUUCCCAUCGAUAUUUUCCAAAGAAUCAGUGUUCGGAAGAUUUCCUUACUUCCUGCCCUGUCUCAUCAUCUCAUUUUUGGCAUUGGUUGUUUGUGUCGCGUCCUGCUGGCUUCCCGAAACAUUGCAUAUGCACCAAGCAAACAGUGAGCUUGAUGAGUCCCGCAAAGAUGUGGAGACCACAUCCCUCGAGUCCGGUGUGAAAUGCAAGAUGCAAAAAGUCGAAGGGAAAGCUCCGAAAAGGUCUCUGAUUCGUAAUUGGCCCUUGAUGUCAGCCAUCAUGGCGUACUGCGUCUUCUCGCUUCACGACACGGCUUAUGCGGAGAUCUUCUCGCUAUGGGCCGUCAGCCCUAGGCAAUUAGGGGGUUUAAGUUACACGACUGAAGAUGUCGGAACUGUUCUUUCCAUCUCAGGUGCCGGCCUUCUCGUCUUCCAAACGUGUUUAUACCCAUACUUGGACAGACUUCUCGGACCCAUUUUGGUAGCUCGCAUUUGUGGGGUCUUAGAGAUACCGCUCUUGUCAUGCUACCCUUUUAUAGCCAUGCUGACUGGGCAAAGUCUCUCCAUAGUGUUGAAUUGCGCAUCAAUCGCAGAGAAUGUUCUAUCUCUUUCUGUCUUCACCAGCUUGUUCCUUCUGCAAAACACAGCCGUUGAUCAAGAUCAGAGAGGUGCUGCUAAUGGAAUUGCAUUGACCGCCAUGUCUCUCUUCAGGGCUGCUGGUCCAGCUGGAGGAGGCGCAAUAUUCUCUUGGUCACAAAAGCGUCUGGACGCGGCCUUUCUCCCAGGCAACCAGAUGAUCUUCUUCAUCUUGAGUGUGGUCGUGGCAAUCGGGGUGCUGAUGACGUUCAAGCCGUUCCUUGUCCAGCGCCGUAACUAAAAUAAAGUAGAAUUGAACCCGCAUGAAUUCUAAAGUAUAGCGCUGCCAAAAUUUAGAGCAGAGCUUGCAAAAUAUCUGCUACCAUUCGAUUCUUUCACAAGCCAAGUCGGGCCUAAAAUUUGCUCUCAAGCUUAUCUAAACGGAAGAGUUGGACAGGUCCAUCAAUCUUAGAAUCGUUAACUUAUCUACCAUAGACCUAAUCACGAGUCUAAGGGUGUGUUAAGCCCUCCAAAUCGAAGCGCAAUUUGAGCGGCUUAGAAAAGUAAUUCCUUCUUUGGCCCGAUCAUCAUAUGAAGAGUAUAUUACAUAUUUUACAUCAUGGGCUAGCCUAAAUACAAAAGUUUAGUUUUUAUA